GUGGGGGGGAGUUCAAAAACUAGGAAGGGCAUACCUGAAAAAAAAAAAAAAGUAAGCCCUAGUUUUAAAAAAAAAAAAAAAGAUUUAUUAUUUUUUUUUUCUUCUCCCGCACGUACUCCCAAUACUACACCCCACUCUUCCCUUUAUUUAAUAAUGUUGGCCGCCUCUCGUAAAGCCAUUAUCAGCACUGCCUCCAAGGCCACCUAUGCUACUGCAGCUACCGCCAAUGGACUUCAAACUUCUGUUGCCUCCAACGGCAUUAAGGUUACUUCUAGCCAAGAACCCGGUCAAACUGCUUCUUUAGCUGUUGUUGUUAAUGGUGGUUCCAGAGCCGAAUCUGGUAAGAAUGCUGGUGUUGCACACUUCUUGAAGAACUAUGGAUUCAAGAACAACGCCAACCGUACUGCUUUCCGUAUUGCUCGUGAAGCUGAACUUGCUGGUGCCGUCUUAUCCUCCAACCUCAGCCACGAAGCUCUUGUCUACUCUGCUGAACUUUUGAAGGGAGAUGCUGAAUUAUUUGCUGAAAUUUUAAGCGAUGUUGUCACCAAGCAAAAGUAUCAACAACAUGAAUUCUACGAUGUUGCACACCAAACUGCCUCUGAAUCUGCCAGUGCUUUUGCCACUGCUGAGAUCAGUGCUAUUGAGAAUGCUCAUCAAGUUGCUUUCCGUACCGGUCUUGGUAACUCCAUCUUCGCUAAGCCUACUGCCCGUAUCAACAACGAUGCUGUCAAGGCUUAUGCUCAAGAACUUUUCACUCAAGAUAACAUUGCCCUUGUCGGUACUGGUAUUGAUCACCAAGUUCUCCAAAACUUGGCUGAGACUUACUUCAACUUGCCUUCUGGUAAGCUCUCCUUGACCGCCUCUACAUACUAUGGUGGUGAAUCUCGUAUUGAGAACGUCUCCAGCAAGGGUGAAUAUGUCCUUGCCUUCGAAGGUGCUGCUGCUGACUCUGCCGAGUUCGCUGCUCUUCAAGUCCUCCGUCACGCUCUUGGUGGUGAGGUCAAUGUUAAGCACACUGCUGGUUCCGGUAUCCUUGCUCAAGCUGCUGCCAAGUUUGCUGAAGGUACUGAGAUCAAGGCCUUCAACUUGGGUUACUCUGAUGCCGGUCUCUUUGGUCUCCAAGUUUCUGCUGCCACUGCCGAAACUGGUGCUGCCAUCUCUGCUGCUGCCGAACAAUUGAAGGCCGCUGCUAAGGGUCUUUCUUCUGAAGACUUCUCUAGAGCCGUUGCUCAAGCCAAGUUCGCUGCCACUGCUGGUUUCGAAACUCGUCUCGAUCGUCUCCAAACCCUCGGUGUCCAGGCCCUCCGUUCUGGCAAGUAUACCUCUGCUGCUGAAUCUGUUGCAGCAAUCGAGAAGGUCACUACUGCUGAUAUUGCUCAAGUUGCUGAAAAGUUAUUGAAGAGCAAGACUACCACCGUUGCCCUCGGUGAUCUUACUAGCUUGCCUUAUGCUGAUUCCGUCUCUUUGUAAUUUAAAAAAAAAUCCACUAAACAUUUACACAAUACAUACAAAAGACCUACUACUACAAAAAAAAAAAGAAUAAGAGAAUUUUGAAACAAUAACCGGGCUUUGGGAAAAUAUACAUAAAUUAUUUUUAUUUAUUUAUUU